AUGGCCGAAAUCCGAAGAAAACUUGUCAUUGUCGGCGACGGUGCAUGUGGCAAAACGUGCCUUCUGAUCGUAUUCUCAAAGGGUACCUUCCCAGAGGUAUAUGUACCCACUGUGUUUGAAAACUAUGUCGCCGACGUAGAAGUAGAUAAUAAACGGGUUGAGUUAGCGCUAUGGGAUACAGCAGGUCAGGAGGAUUACGACAGACUUCGUCCCCUCUCAUAUCCCGACUCGCACGUUAUUCUAAUUUGCUUUGCGGUUGAUUCGCCCGAUUCCUUGGAUAACGUUCAGGAAAAGUGGAUUUCAGAGGUAAUGCACUUUUGCCAAGGACUCCCAACUCUUCUAGUGGGAUGUAAGAAGGAUUUGAGAUUUGACCCCAAAACAAUUGAAGAGCUCCGCAAGACUUCUCAAAGGCCAGUUACGCCCGAAGAGGGUAUGGCUGUGGCUCAAAGAAUUGGAGCGUACAAAUACCUAGAGUGUUCAGCUAAGACCGGAGAUGGAGUCCGUGAAGUGUUUGAACAUGCUACACGUGCAGCUUUAUUGACUAGACCCCGUCGAAACAGGAAAAAUUGUUUCUUCUUUAAGAUGCAUAGGGGGAGAAAAGGAGUCAAGGAUAGGAAGUGCGAUGUCUACGAUAAUAUAAGGGUAAUACCAAGAACUUCUGGAAAUAGUAAAAUCUUGUUGGAAGCUUCGAAGUUGCAAACUAUUCUUGGAAGGCAGCAGAUACAGGGGGAAACAAUUGAAUAUGCUGAUUCAAUCUACAUUGAAGAGGAAAUCAUGAUUCACAUGAAUCUGGUUUCGUCUAGCAAAAUUAUUGCUCAUAUCGAUGGAAGUCUCUGUUGCCCUAAUUCGAUAUUCAAAGAGUCUCGUGACCAAGGAACCAAUAUUCUUCGGCCGAAUCUCAAUAGCGAUCCCGCCGGUUUCUCCCUGCUCAUACUACAAACGCCUGCUGCGUUGCCGCAGCCGCAGCAGCGUUUGUUCACUGAUUGA